AUGUACGGGGUCUAUUUACCCGAUGAUGACGAGUACCCGAUGCCCAAGGGGUUUUCUCUUGCGUUGCAUAGGAUUAUGAUUCGCGAGGUCUCCGAGGUCACGGCAACCAGGCCGUUCAGAGAGCUGUUUACCGAGAUACAAAACGCUGCGAAAGCAACAGACGAUUCCUUAGUUGAGACUCUCAUUGAAAAGAUCCAACUGGUGGGUCGCCGCUCCUUCUUUGGAUUCUUCUGUCACCGCUGUUAUGUCACCUUUUCCAAGAUGUCAAUAGGCGGUGUAGAAGAAUACCACAAGGAUUUCAUCGGUUGGUUACGAUAUGACAGCAGGCGUGCUUCGGGACCAUCGCCGGGAUAUGGACCCAUCCGUCGGGAUAUUAUCACGAAUGACUACCAGCUGUUCAAAACGAAAUAUGACAAGAUCGAUUACGCCGAACCAAGCGCAUAUGCAGAGUUUCUACGAGGCGUAGCUAUCGGGGAUAGCAACCAGAAGUUUCAUGAAAGUAGUGAAUCCGGUUUGCGGCAACAUGCGAUGCUGAACUUGGCGCAUAUGUAUUUCCUUCGUCGGGAAACUGCAGCGUGUAGGAAGGUGAGUGACCCGCGUACGACGUUCUUGGCUGGAGUGUCACUGCAUUACAAUAGCUUGUUGCACCGUCUCGCACCUCUUGAAGCCGGUCAGAGACCUGUCAUCAACGAGCCUCAGCCAGAUAUGCACCCGCUGGAAAUUCUGGCCGACGUCAAUAAGUUGUUGACGUUCAGCACCAUGGGUCUGUAUGAUCAGUACCUCGAGGACCAAGAGGGUCUCUUCAUUGAGUCGGAGCAGUACGCGCAGCAUGCUACAUUCGGUUGCUCGAGGCUCGCUCGUAUCGAAGAAGAUAUAGUGACCGGUUUCACUGAGGUUGGUGGCGAUGACAACACUCGUCUCAUUGCACUCUCAAUCGCGCUGACGACACUGAUGCAGAAUGCCCGGCAAGGGAAAUAUGAGCAAGCCAUCGCCUCUCUAUUGGACUCAGAUGUCUGGCGUGGAUUGACUCUGCCUGAUUACAACCUGUGGGCUUCCGAAAUCUGGUCGAUUUUAGCGCUCCGUGCGUGUCGCCGUCGGCAGCAGCGCCAAUUGAAGGAGUAUCUCGGACCAAGGCGGCCCAAAAUGUCUGAUCACCAUCCACGAGAGUAUCAAUGGGCCACCGAGCCAAUAGGUUCGAUCAUCCGCGAUCCGCUUCACGAAGUGAUGGUCAUGCGAUUGUGCGAUCAAAGUCACAACUGCGUUGACCACCUUCUUAAUGCCCUCUGGCAUGCCGAGUAUCACGGUCGCUACAACUUGUAUCGCACCGCGAUAGUCCUCCUCGCAGACGUUGGCCUCGAGUUCGGGAUGACGAAGUGGUGUCGACGCAUCCUCGACGAAGUCAUGCCACAGAUCAUGAGCGAGAACGACCUGGAACAGAAGGCCUUUGCCCAGUAUACGCUCGCUCGCUGCACUAUCGCCGAAGGCGACUCGUCUGUUGCGUCUCUCGAACAGGCCGUACCGUUGCUCACUGAGGCAGCCAAAACGUACCACAAGCUGGGCAUGCACGCCGCUCAGUCAGACGUGCUCUUCUUGCUCGCUGUGGUUCUCCACAACGCGGGAAAGACAGCAGACCGAGACCAGGUGGCAACGAUGCACGCGGACACGCUGGCUAUGCGCGAGGACGUCCACCUUCAGGUCGUCGAACCAUGGAUCGAGGAUGUGUGGGCCGUCGUGACGGAGGUGGGCGCUGCACUUGCGUCGCGGUAA